GGAGGAGACGCUCAGUGUGGCUUGGAAGGCGAGUGAGGGGUGUUGUCGCUGCGUUUGUGUCUUGACCCUUUUUUUUUUCCUCUUUCGAAAUGGCUUAUCUUACGAGUUUCAGUUGGAAGGUCCUGGCGAUCCUGGCGUCUUCACUGCUCGGCGAGGGCGUCUUGGCGAGCGCUGCCUCCGACGACGCCUUCCUCAUCCGCGGGGAGUGCCCCAUCAUCCAGCUGGAGUCGAACUUUGACACGCAGCGGUUCUCAGGCGUGUGGUACAGAAUCGGAGGCUUGCCUAACACUGAGGAGAAGUCGGUGAACUGCACCGUCUAUAACUACCGCUUCACAGGCAAUGGCUACACCGUGACCUCGUCGGGCGUGGGAGCCGACGGAGCGCCGGUCACGCAGACAACACCCUCGUCAACACAGCGUGGGGCGUCGCCAACUUCACCACGCCCAUCAGAGGUCAGUCAGGGAGCCCAGUGGGCAGGAGGGGGUGGAGAUGGGUGUAGGGCUGACUUCACGGCCGACUUGGUGGUGGUGAGCACGGACUUCACUUCGUACGCCUGCCUCUUCUCGUGCUACAACUUCCAGCGAACGCACCGAGCUCACUUCGCCUGGAUCUUGUCUCGGAGCAACAGCUUGACGCCCGAGAAGAUCGCCACCUGCCAAAAGAGCUUGAGAAAAGUGGGAAUUCCUUUAGGAAAAUUGACGAAGACAAACCAGGAUAACUGUGACUAUUCUGCUAUCACUGGAUAAUCUUAUUUUGCGUGCGUGUGCGUGCGAGAGAGAGAGAGAGAGAGAGAGAGAGAGAGAG